GGAGUUUCAGGGCAGCUGAUAGUGGGAAGAUUCUCAAACGCUUCUCGGAGAAUGAAAAGGAGUGUUUCGAGCGAUUGAUGAAAGACCCGCUACGUUCCUGCGUCCCUUGCUUCCAUGGUGUGGUGGAGAGAGAUGGCGAGAGCUACAUUCAGCUGGAUGACUUGCUUACAGAUUUUGAAGGGCCUUGUGUGAUGGACUGCAAGAUGGGCAUCAGGACAUACCUGGAGGAAGAAUUGACUAAGGCUCGUGAGAAACCAAAGCUACGUAAGGACAUGUACAAGAAAAUGAUUGAAGUGGAUCCUCUUGCUCCCACAGCUGAAGAGAACGCUCAGCAUGCCGUCACCAAACCCCGAUACAUGCAGUGGAGGGAAACCAUCAGCUCUAGUGCCAACCUGGGCUUUAGGAUUGAAGGGAUUAAGAAGGCAGAUGGAACGUGUAACACAAACUUCAAAACUACAAAGACACAGGAGCAAGUUCUAAAAGUUUUUGUGGAAUUCAUUGAGGGCAACACAACUAUUCUGAAAAAAUACCUCAAGCGUCUGCAGGAAAUUCAUAUCAUUCUUGAAUCCUCAGACUUCUUCAAGCGACAUGAGGUCGUUGGAAGUUCACUACUUUUUGUACAUGAUGGCAGUGGGAAUGCCAAUGUGUGGCUCAUCGAUUUUGGAAAGACCACCCUUCUCCCUGAUGGGCAGACACUGGAUCACAGGAUCCCCUGGCAAGAAGGCAACAGGGAGGAUGGGUACUUGUUGGGUUUGGACAAUUUAAUUGGCAUCUUGGAAAGCAUCACUGAAAGAUGAGUUGAGUGGCAUAAAACUUGCAGGGCUGCCCUGUAACUUUCUGCUCUACUGGGAUCACUCAGUUAGAAGGAAACCUUUAACUCCCUCCAGCUUCCUGAGGUCAUCAGUGCAGAGGGAGCUGCAUCCAGGACCCAGCAGUUAGUGAUCAAAAUGACUUUGCAUUGGCCCUCUACGAACCUAAAUAAUUCCAGAUUGGUCUGUAUUGCACCAGCUGAACUUCAGGCUGGUCCUCAGAGAAGGAAGAUCUCCACACUCAGGAAUCACACCAGCAUGAGUCAAGAGGUCUGUAUGGUAAACCAGAAUGAUUCUGGUUUCUGGCAAACAGAUGGGACUCCAGAUUACCUCUUAGUGAACCAGAGCAAGUCUUGGGGAUUCAGGGUAGGAAUAACAAUUUUUCAGGGAACUGCAUAGUUUUGAAACCAGCAAGAGUGAGAUUUUUUCGCCCCCUAAUUCCAAGUCUCCUUGCUUCUGCGUACACUAUAGGUUGGACCAACAACUUCUGCUGCAUUGCGUUACAGUGUGCACAAGGUGGAAAUGGGCACAAGGUGGAAAUGGGUGAUAAUCACAAGAAACCUGGAGCAAAGGGAGACAGCAGUUUGUAGUGGCUGGAUGUGGUAACUGCUGUUGACUGUUCCUCCUCUCCCCUACUCUAGCCUUGAUUCAUUUCUGUCCAAGAACAGCCUUUGCUUUUUAUGUAGCCUCUCAGGAGAUUACAAAUACUCUAGGGAGAGAAUAGCAGUCUAUUGUCUCCAAAAACAUUUGACUUUCAGGCUGAGUAAGCUGUUGGAAAGUGCCUCACUUGGCAAGUUUGGCCUCUUACGGAUGAACUGCAGUUCUGAAAAUCAGUAUUGACUCCUUUGCUCGGAGACUAGGAAACUAAGAGGUUUUUUGGGUUUUUUUUUUUCAAGGCUUGUUUAUUUUUAAAGCUAAAACCC